AUGUGGUGCAGGGGAGCUGUGGGAGGAGAGGAGCGAGCUGGGGCCGGCCGCGGGGAGGAGGAGGAGGAGGAGGAGGACGAGGACAUGGUGACGGGAUGCUCCAAAGGGAUGCUCCUCCUUGAAGGCACGUCAGAUCUGAGCCCCUUCUCUGACCCCCGGCAGUUCGAUCGCUCCUUCCCGACGCUGCCAGCUCUCACCGAGACCCGCUUCUCCGACCCGCGGAUGCAUUACCCCGGCGCCAUCUACACCGCGACGCCUUCCGCCACGGGCAUCGGUGGCAUCAGCAUGACCAGCAUGCCUGCCACGACUCGCUUCCACCACACCUACCUGCCGCCCCCCUACCCUGGCUCCACCCAAAACCAAAGUGGACCCUUCCAGGCCAACCCCUCUCCCUACCACUUGUACUACGGCACGUCGUCGGGCUCCUACCAGUUCUCCAUGGUGGCGGGUGGCGAGCGCUCGCCCACCCGGAUGCUUUCUUCUUGUACAAGCGCUUCGGCAGGGAACAACUUAAUGAAUCCCAACCUGGGCAAUCAGAACGACGGGGUGGAUGCGGACGGGAGCCAUAGUAACUCACCAACGACCAUGACAACUACUGGGAGGAUGGAUGAGUCAGUCUGGAGACCUUACUAGGAGGAACUCAACCAGGCCCCAAUAGCUUUAACUUAAUCAAACAGUCACCAUAACAUUACUCCUUUUGGCAGUGAAUAGAGCAAAAUGAUGCCUAGGGAUCAGAUAAACCAAAGUCUCUCAAACCAAAAGCCAUCAAGGAUCCUUUGCAUGCAAGCAUGGGCAAGCAUCAAGCGAAGAUGGACCAGGACCUGCGUUACAUUUCAAGAUGAAUGUCCACAAGGCUUGAAUUUGUCGCUUGAUGUGGUUCCUUCUGUGUGUUUUAAAAAUGUGGAUUGUACAUAGGAAAACAAACAAACAAAAAAAGGCUGUGUGGAAUUACAGAACACUUGUCGGUCAUCUCACUCUUCCCCUUAUCCCCACACAAAACAUUCAAAAGAUUUAAAAAAAAAAAGAUAACCCUUCUGCACAAUCCAAGGUGUUUCGGAGAGGAGAAAAGACCAGAAAACCAGCCAAGCCAUCUGUCUGCCCAUGCAGGAAGACUGAACUGAAAAAAAAAAGAGAGGAAAGAAGAAAAGAAAAACAAUACCCUUUGACCCCUCUCCCUCCCUUCUGACCAGUUUAGGGCCUCUGACCACCAAAGAGCUCCAGGAUGACGGCAGAGCCGCGUGCACCACGUGAGAGCCUGGUUUACAGCGGGGCUGCGGGGCCGCGGGCAGGGGCUGGGGCCGGGGAGGCCCUGCCGCGUGUUCCUCACGGGUCGGCCGGCAUCAGCCACGUGAACAAGAGCUGUGAUACGAUUAUUAUUAUUUGUUGUUGAUGCCAGAGGUUGUAUUGUUCAUUUUUGUCAUUUGUUGUUAUUUUUAAAACAGUCACGUGGUUGAUCCCGUGCCUGGCAGACCGCCCCCCCCACCCUUCCUCUAUGUUUACAUAUGAGAUGUACUUUUUACGAGAUGUGGUUUGUUUUGUUUUGCUUGCUCUUUUGUCCUGACCUCACCAUUCAGUUCUUUGCUCCUCUUAGCAAAUCUCAGUGAUGGUGUCUGAAGCGACGGUGGCGUUCAGGACAACCCGAAGCGUGGGAGAUGCGCUUCCAAACGCGUUAGCUGCAAAGGGACCCGGGCACCUUUGGUGCAACCCUGACACCAGGGCUCUGGGUUUUCCUUUCUUCCUCGCGGAGUGGCUGCAUGUGCAGCUUGUGGCAAAGCAUCAUAUUUCUGUUACGAUUCUUUCCCCUGUUUUCACCCAGAGUGGCUCAACACAUGAUGCGUUUUUUUAUUAAGAAAGGACUUAACAGUUGUUAGUUCAUACCGAAAGCGCUAACUGAGAUUUGGAGAAAGGAGCAAUCUUUAAUCAGACCCCUCUCAGUGGUGUGAAGCAAUGUUAUCUGGCAUUUUCCAUCCCUCAUUCUCUCCUUUUCCCCCAAAGUGAGCUAGAGCACUGGUAUCUGCUGUAGAUGAAUUAACUGAGGAACGGCCACUCAAAGUGCUGCUAGCCCGUCAUUAACUGAUUGCAUAAAGCAGCAUCUGAAGGAACCAGGUCUCUUGGGCACCCCGCAGCCAUCCUUACAGUUGGCACCAAAGGGUUUGCAACCCGAACAGGACCGCGAAGGAGGCGGCCGGACACCAGAAAGGGGUCCCCCAACGCCAAGUUGGUGGCCUUGCACAGCAGCUUACAUCACCACCCACGAGCCAGCAGUGCCUUCUGCCUGGCGUGGGAAUUAGGGCUGGAUUCAGGCUUCCUCGCCCCGGCAGGGCUAAGGAUGCGUGGGAAGGGCCCAAGGGAGCCAGGCGUUUUUGGUGCCGCGGUACCCGCUCCCCUCCGCAUCUGACUGCCAAGCCCCUGCAGCAGGGGAGUGGGAGCAGACUCCAGUGCCACCAGUAACCUGGGAAAUUUAGUGCAUGCACACGUGCGCGCACACAGACACACACACACCCCGACACAGACACAAACACAGCUGCCUUCCCGUCCCCUUCGGUCUGAGCACCUUACACCGAGAUGCCCAUCGCCAAAUCUCAGUUGGUAGCUUUUCGGCAGGCGGUUGCAGUACAGAGCAUUGUAAUUGCACUACCGUGUAAAGACUGGAGCAAGCCGUCCGGGCGUAGCUGGGAAGCUGCAAUGACCACUCGUGAGUUAAACAAGCCACACCAAGAACAACGGCAAAAAAAAAAAGAAAAAAGAAAAAAGAAAAAAAGCCCUACCCCCAGCAAACUGCAACCUGCACUUGCCUGAGCAACGGCGAGCCCCUCUCUGGUGCUUGCCAGCUGUAGAAACUGGACCACAGCAGCCUGUGUUUUGACGCAUUUACGUUUCUCCUAGCAUCGCGCCACUGAUUGAAAGCACAAAGAAAACAAGGCAUUCAUAAUACUAGGCUAAUUUAAGACUGUUCGUCGUGAAUUACAAAAGAAAAAGCAAUGGCAACAAGGUUGUUUUUAUGACAUAUUGUCAUGUGAAGGUGUAAAUAUACGCACCUCUAUUGUAUGCAAAUGGUCGUGAGACAGGCCAACGUUUUUUGCUUUGCACUAUAAUUUGCUUUUUUUUAAAAAAAAUGCACAAUCGCUUGUACAGUAAAACCCCUUUGUCUGGCUCACAGAAUAUUUAACUAUAAAAUCUAAUUUUUGGUCUUAUUUGUUAUAAUAAUAUAAGUCUUAAAUGUGUUGAAGGAUCCGGUUCUUAAUAAUGCUUCUAAUACUUGUAUGUGCAGGGUAAAAAUAACACCAAACAACUAAGGAGAUGAGAACAAAGAUCUUUGCAGAUAAGGAAGGUGAAAGUUGUUGUUGUUGUUUUUUUAAACUAGAGUCUUACCAUGGACAUUAAAAAAAAAAAAAAGAAGCUA